CGCGCAGCUCGCGGCCCGGGCGGGAGGCCAGGCGCGGCCGGGGCAGGGCCGGACGCCAGGCGCGGGGCACGCGCCCCCCGAGCGCGCCCCGCGCCCCCCGAGCGCGCCCCGCGCGGUUUCUGCAGACACGUGAAUGAGCCAGCCGCCGGCCGCCGCCCCCUGGUGCCCGGUGUGAGGAGCAGGCGCGGCCCGCCCGCAGCUGGCAUGCCCGGCCGGCCCUGAGCCUGCGCCAGCGGCCCCGCCCCCGCCCCCCGCCACCCUGCACGGCCCCGGCUCCCCCGCGGCCCCCACACUGCAGUGCGGCCGGGCCCCCUCCCCACAGGGGCCGCCCCCGCCGCCCCCCGCCGGUGCCCGGGGCGGCCCGGCCCGCAGGGCCAUGAAGCUGCAGGCCGUGAUGGAGACGCUCCUGCAGCGGCAGCAGCGGGCGCGCCAGGAGCUGGAGGCCCGGCAGCCGCCGCCGCCCCCCGAGCCCCCGGCCGGCCCCCCGGCCCGCGCCAGGGCCGCCCCGGACGAGGACAGGGAGCCCGACGGCACCCGGAUGCAGCGCGCGCAGAUGGCCGCGCUGGCCGCCAUGCGGGCCGCCGCCGCCGGCCUCAGCCACGCGCCCAGCCCCGGCGGCUCCGAGGACGAGGACGCGGCCCCGGAGGGGGCACCCGGUUCGCCCGCCGCGCCCGGCCGAGGCAGGGAGGCGGCCGGCCUCCCCGAAGGCGACGGCCACUUCGAGGACGCGGGCUCCGGCGAUGACCUGAAGCCGAAAUGGGAGGAGGAGGAGGAGGAGGAGGAGGAGGAGGAAGAGGAGAUGGAGGAAGACCUGGGGGAGGACGAGGAGGAGGAGGACGAGGAGGACUACGAGGACGAGGAGGGGCUCGGGCCCCCGGGCUCCGCCGGCCUGGGCCCCGCCACCCUGUUCCCCCGCAGGGCCCAGCCGCUGCAGGCCUUCCGUGGCGACGGCGGGCCCCGGGCGCUGGGCAGCCAGGAGCGCCCGGGGGCUGGCCCGGCUCUCCCUGGAGGGGCUGCCCACACGGCGCCCCAGCUGCAGCCGCCGGACCACGGGGACUGGACGUACGAGGAGCAGUUCAAGCAGCUCUACGAACUGGACGGGGACCCCAAGAGGAAGGAGUUCCUGGACGACUUGUUCAGCUUCAUGCAGAAGCGAGGGACCCCCGUGAACCGCAUCCCCAUCAUGGCCAAGCAGGUGCUCGACCUGUUCAUGCUGUACGUGCUGGUGACGGAGAAGGGCGGCCUGGUGGAGGUCAUCAACAAGAAGCUGUGGCGGGAGAUCACCAAGGGCCUCAACCUGCCCACGUCCAUCACCAGCGCCGCCUUCACGCUGCGCACCCAGUACAUGAAGUACCUGUACCCCUACGAGUGUGAGAAGCGUGGCCUCAGCAACCCCAACGAGCUCCAGGCGGCCAUCGACAGCAACCGCAGGGAGGGCCGGCGCCAGAGCUUCGGGGGCUCCCUCUUCGCCUAUUCGCCGGGCGGGGCCCACGGCGUGCUGUCCUCGCCCAAGCUGCCCGUGUCCUCCCUGGGCCUGGCCGCCAGCACCAACGGCAGCUCCAUCACCCCAGCCCCCAAGAUCAAGAAAGAGGAGGACUCGGCCAUCCCCAUCACGGUCCCCGGCCGCCUGCCGGUGUCCCUGGCGGGUCACCCCGUGGUGGCGGCCCAGGCGGCGGCGGCGCAGGCGGCCGUGGCGGCGCAGGCGGCCGCGCUGGAGCAGCUACGGGAGAAGCUGGAGUCCGGGGAGCCUCCUGAGAAGAAGAUGGCGCUGGUGGCGGAGGAGCAGCAGCGGCUGAUGCAGCGCGCGCUGCAGCAGAACCUCCUGGCCAUGACGGCCCAGCUGCCCAUGAGCAUCCGCAUCCACAGCCAAGCCGCGGAGAGCCGCCAGGACUCCGCCGGGACCGCGAGCGGCGGCGCCAAUGGUAGCAGCAGUAUCAGCAUGUCCGUGGAGAUCAACGGCGUCGUGUACACAGGAGUGCUGUUCGCCCAGCCGCCAGCCCCCACGCCACCCUCAGCUGCAGGCAAAGGCGGAGGUGGUGGCAGCCGAGGAGGAGGAGGAGGAGGAGAAGGGACCAGCGCGACCAGCAGCGCAGGCAGCCAGGCGGGGCCGGCAGGGUUGUCUGCACCCCCCACAUCUUCUACCUCAAAUAACUCAUUGCCUUAACCGCUUCACUCCCCACCCUGGGAGCCCGCCACCCUGGGCAGGGGGUCCAGGUGGGCCAAGCAGGGGCCGGGAUGGCGGAAGAUACGGGUGGGGAGGGGCGGUAGCCACAGAGGAGCGACAGCUGACGCCAAAAAAAAAAAGAAAAAUAUAUAUACGUAUAUAUAUAUAUAAAGAAAAUUUAAUAAAACGGGGGAAAACCAAGGAACACUUGAAUUACUCAGGUUUCGGACAUACAGAGAGAUGAAUUGUGAGGGCAGCAAAGGAAAUUAGAAACGAGAGGCGGGUGUCCCCGAGGGCUUUCCUGCGGCCCUGGUGGACCGCCUUGGACUGGUGUCUGGUUUGGACAGGCCAAUCCUGUUUACCUCAUACAUCCCUGCACUGUGGUUUUUCAUUUUUAUCUGGUUUUUUUUUUCCUUUUUUUUUUUUUUUCUCUGUCUUCAUCACACACUCAUGACACCCAGGUCCUUGUGUUGAAUGAAACCCCUGAGCCAAGAUCAGCUGAAUUUUUUUCCUGUUGCUUUUGGGAACUUUUUUUUAAAAGAAAUAGUGUAAUUCAAACUCUAUAAGGUUUUUAAGACGUUUCGGGGGUUUUGUUUUGUAAAUAUUCUAUUUUAUUCUUGGGGAAGGAAUCAAACCUAGGAAAAGGAUAUAUAUAUAUCUAUAUAUUUGUGUUCAUUCAGGGAAACUGGACUUGAAAAAG